AUGGCAAAACUAAUUGCUGCUGUCAUUGGUAUUCUCACAUCCUCUGCAUUAUUACACCAUUUACAAAAUGACAUUGACGGUAAUACUCUGAAACUACGAAAAAAACUGAGAAAUACCCAAGAUCGGUUAGAGACUGCGUUGCCAGGUACCUGGCGGAUAAAGUCGCAAGAGUAUCCAUCACUCAAAACAACAUUAACUCCAAAUCAACGAGCAAAACUCCCGAUCCCAACAUUAACACAAACACUAAAUCACAUUGAAAAGCGGUUUAUUCCGACGUUCAAAGCGACGUGGAAUGAUCAUGUUAUUGGGUUCGCGAAUCUUAUUAAUGGAAUUGAUGUGCAGGACUCGAUAAAGUCUAGAUGGGAUAAAUGGCAAAAGUCUGGUCAAAAAAAGUGA